AUGGAGUCUGGUAUUCCAUCCGAUCCCCCUUCGCGUUCUUUAACCGGUAAAGUCGCCAUCGUAACAGGCGCAGGCUGCCUGGGUGAUGGGAUCGGAAACGGACGUGCGAUUUCAAUACUGCUUGCCCAUGAUGGCUGCGACGUGAUCUGCGUUGACCUAAACUUGGAGUGGGCCAACAAGACCGUUGAAUUGGUGAACUCGAAGCCCGGUCAUGGACGAGCGUUUGCGGUUCGCGCAGACGUCACAUCAGAAGAAGACUGUCAAGUGGCAGUACGCUUUGCAAUUGAAAAGUUUGGCCGACUAGAUAUUUUAGUCAACAAUGUUGGAAUUGGGGGCGCGGCGGGCACUGCAGUGGAAGUUGACAUGGUUCAAUGGGCCAAGAGUAUGGAGAUCAACGUUGCCAGUAUGGUCCAAAUGGCCAAAUAUGCUAUCCCCGAGAUGGAUCGAAAUGACGGGGAGAUCAAAGGGAGCAUUGUGAACAUGGGCAGUGUUGCUGGGUUGAAGGGCGGGACACCUCAUUUGUUAUAUCCGACUGCCAAGGGCGCCAUUGUCAACAUGACCCGUGCUAUGGCGGCCCAUCACUCCCCUGAUGGGAUUCGCGUGAAUUGUGUCUGUCCAGGAAUGCUGUAUACCCCGAUGAUGUAUGGAAAGGGUAUGAGUGAAGAGGCGCGUGAGGCUCGUCGGAAACGAAGCUUGUUGGGAACUGAAGGGAAUGGAUGGGACUGUGCUGGAGCUGUGGUAUUCCUUGCUGGCCCCCACGCUCGAUGGAUGACUGGUGUUAUUCUGCCAGUUGACGCGGGGACAACAGCUGCCGUAGGAAUUGGCAUGACGAAGAGUGCAAGUGUUAAUGCCUAA